UAAUGAACACAGAAGGCGGGAUAACUAGUUCAAAUCAGGCGAAACCAGGUUGGAAUACCGUCUCGUAGGAUUUUAUUUUGUCGGUAAAGAAGAAAAAAUGGCUGGCGGAAAAGCUGGAAAGGACUCCGGGAAAGCGAGGACAAAGGCCGUUUCGCGCUCACAGAGAGCCGGGUUGCAGUUCCCAGUCGGUCGUAUUCACAGACACCUGAAAUCCAGGACCACAAGCCAUGGACGCGUCGGAGCGACCGCAGCGGUCUACAGUGCCGCCAUCCUGGAGUACCUGACUGCUGAGGUGCUGGAGUUGGCAGGGAACGCAUCCAAGGAUCUCAAAGUGAAGCGCAUCACCCCUCGCCACUUGCAGCUGGCUAUCAGAGGAGACGAGGAGUUGGACUCGCUUAUCAAAGCGACCAUCGCCGGUGGUGGUGUUAUUCCACACAUCCACAAGUCCCUGAUUGGAAAGAAGGGCCAGCAGAAGACCGUAUAAGUGCAGUAUGUGGAGGAGACCCGUGUUUAAUUCCCACUCAGGACCUUGAGCUGAACGUGGUCUUCCCCUCCCCCCCUUUGUUUUGCUGUCUGAAUGUUCCUGUAGACCCCCUGGACAUAUUUUCUCCCAUUUUAUUGUUUUAACUAUACCCGAGCUUUGCAUCUACUCAUUUCUGGGGUGUUUUUAAAAACGUGGCUUCAGAGAAGCUGGUUUUCUUUUUUCGUUUUUAAAUUUGUAUUUUGUUUUUUGGUACUGUAGUGAAAUGGUGCUCCUGUUUAACUUGUGUUGUGUAAAUUUGGCACAUGACUUAUCCAUUUUGAUUAUGGGUUUUUAUGCAAAUAAAGCUCAGAAUUACACUGCCGCAA